AUGUAUAUCGCAUUCGCAGUGUUUUUUCUAUUAAUUGCUCGUGUUGCCAAUUAUCCAUCAGUACGUGAAGUUGCAACAGAUGAUGAAGAAAGUGACAAUGAUUUACAAUUAGAACUCCGUUCGAUUUUAAAUCAUCUUGAUAAUCAACAAAUGGAACGAUCUAUUACAUUAGAUGAAGAUAAUCAAGAAGACGAUUCUGAUCAAUAUGAACGUGCAAUAAAUAAACGACAAGGUGGUUAUAAUAUAAUUAAACCAGAUCUUAAAUGUGAAAUCGAAUGUGUUGAUAAACUACGUAAUCCAAAAUCAGGUCAAGGUAUGUCAAUUAAAGAUGCAGCUAAAGCUUGUCAAAAUAUCUGUGCUAAUAUAAGCAAAAAACGUGACGAGAAAAAAAUCAAUGUACAACGAAAAGAACAAUCUCAUCAAAAGAGCUUACGUCAAUUUAUUGAUAAUGAUAAUAGCAACAGCAAUGAAGAACAACAAAAACAACGUCGUGAAUUUUCUCAUUAA